AUGUACACAGGCAAAGCAACUCUUCGUGUCGCAAAGGAGCACCUUGCACCAGCAAUGAAAACAGGUACUGCUAAUGUUAUGUCAACAGCUAUAAUGGGCGCUUUAAUGGAAGAAGCAUCUUGCAAUGCAAUUCCAGCCGGUACAUACAAGCCAGGCCAAACAUCUGUUGGUAUCCACCUCGACUUACGUCAUAAGAAGCCAUCUGCUUUAGGCGCUAAUGUAACAGCUAUCGCUAAAUUGAAAGAAAUUACACCAAAGAAGCUUGACUUUGAAAUCGAAGUUUUCGAUGAAACAGGCCUCGUUGGAACAGCUAAGCACCAACGUGCAUUUGUUAUGACAGAUGCUUUCGAAAAGAAAUGUGAGAUGGACUUUAAGAAGGCUACUGGCAAGUAA